AUGAACACCAGCAGGCCCUGGAGCACUUGGAGAAGAUCCAGGCAGAGCAAGUGUCGACCUUCGAAGCUCACAGAGCUAGAGUCUAGUAGAAAGGCGCGGGUGGCCUCCAGCCACCACGGCAGGUGGAAAGCUCGAAGUGUGCCCCCGAAAGGCCAGCGGACGCGCUGGGAGGCAGCCGACUCCGCGGGAAGGCUUUUUAUAAAGGGGGAGCCAGCCGGCGUAAGGCCAAGGCCAGCGGACGCGCUGGGAGGCAGCAGACUCCGCGGGAAGGAAAGUUCCUCUCCCGACCCCGAGUCUGAUGAACAGCGGACGUCAUUCGGUAAGGUGAAUCUGCUACCGGGAGGCAAGAAAAUUCAGGGGGCCCAAAAACCCAGCGCUGUGUCGUCGGCCGACGUUUAUCUAGAAAUGGAGAUAAGGCCUCCGCCAUAUGUGCCCUCCUUGCAAUCCCCUCCGAGGAGAGAAGCUCCCACAGGUGAACCGAGAGGAUUAAGAGGGCCAACGGGAACCAACCAUGAGGGGGGACCGGCAUUGGGGACCCGGGGGAAAACUAAGGGAGAUAGGGGUAAGCAAGACCCUGGGGACCCAGAGUUACCUUCAUCCACUGUUCAGGCGCUCCCUGUCCAAGUGGGACCAACUAACCCAGACGGAGAGCGAACCUAUCAGUACUGGCCCUUUUCCACGAGUGACCUGUACAAUUGGAAGACCCAAAACCCUCCUUUCUCAGAGAAGCCCCAAGGCCUCAUUGACCUCUUAGAUUCCAUUUUGUUCACUCAUAAUCCCACCUGGGAUGAUUGUCAGCAGCUGUUGCAGGUGCUCUUCACCACGGAAGAACGGGAGCGAAUUCUGGCAGAGGCGCGGAAACGGGUACCAGGGGUGGACGGGAGGCCAACUGCCCAGCCUCAUCUUGUGGACGAGGGGUUUCCUCUGUUGCGGCCUAACUGGGAUUUUGAGCGGGUGGAAGGUAGGGAGCGUCUCCGAGUAUACCGCCAGACUCUAAUGGCUGGCCUGCGGGCUGCAGCAAGAAAGCCGACAAAUCUGGCAAAGGUAAAUUUAGUAAGGCAAGAGCCCACUGAAAGCCCGGCAGCCUUCCUAGAGAGGCUGAUGGAAGCUUUCAGGCAAUAUACACCUAUGGACCCCCAGGCUGAGGAGUCACGCGCUGCAGUUCUGUUAGCGUUUGUGAAUCAGGCAGCCCCAGAUAUUAGGAGGAAAUUACAAAAGAUAGAGGGAUUGGGAGAACAGACAAUACAGGAUUUACUGAAAGCAGCUGAAAAGGUAUUUAAUAAUAGGGAGACCCCAGAAGAAAGGGAAGAGCGAAUUCGGCGGGAGGAAAGGGAAUUAGCGGAGAAGAUCAGGAAAGAAGACAGGGAACAUAGGGCUAGAAAAAACCGGAAGAACCAGAAGGAGCUAGCCCAGAUUCUUUUUGCGGGGAUAAAGGCUGGAACAGAAUUGAGGGAACCUCGAAACCCCCGGACGAGAGAAAAAGAAAAACCAAAAAGGCAGGCCCUAAAGAAGGAUCAGUGCGCCUACUGCAAAGAACAGGAGCACUGGAAAAACGAGUGCCCUAAGAGGGACUCAAAGAGAGGAAUGACCCAGAGAGAAAAAAUCCCCCCUGGAACUCGAGUUCUAUAUGCGGGGGAAGACAGUGACUAGGGGAGUCGAGACUCGGCACCCCUCCCCGAGUCCUGGGUAACCAUACAUGUGGAGGGGAAACCCGUUGGCUUCAUGGUAGAUACUGGCGCCCAACACUCUAUUUUAAAUAAAAAACUGGGACCAAUGUCUAAGAAAGCCAGCUUAGUGCAAGGAGCCACGGGGACAAAAAGAUAUUGUUGGACCACAGAACGGAAAGUAAAUCUGGGGACCCACCAGGUGUCCCAUUCGUUUUUGGUGAUACCAGAAUGCCCAGCCCCUCUACUUGGAAGAGACUUGUUGACUAAAGUUAAUGCUCAGAUCCAUUUUGACCCCGGGGGAAUGUCAGUCACGGAUGGACUUGGACAACCGAUACAUGUCUUGUCCCUAGCCUUAAGGGAUGAAUACAGACUUUUUGCGCCUAAGCCCUCAGAGACCAUAGCACUAGAUGUACAACCGUGGGUCCAUAAAUAUCCAUUGGCCUGGGCAGAGACAGCAGGAAUGGGACUAGCUAAAUAGAGACAUCCGGUCGUCAUCGAGCUAAAGGCCGAGGCAAUUCCUGUGAGGGUGAGACAGUACCCUAUGAGCCAAGAAGCUCGGCGGGGGAUCACUCCCCACAUUCGACGGCUCAUGGAGGCCGGAAUUCUCAGGCGAUGCCAAUCCCCUUGGAACACCCCCUUACUGCCGGUGAAGAAGCCAGGGGGGACGGAUUACAGACCUGUCCAAGACCUGCGAGAAGUCAACAAACGGGUGAGUGACAUACACCCAACUGUCCCUAACCCGUAUACUCUCCUGAGCAGUUUACUGCCUGAGUACACUUGGUACACUGUGCUGGACUUGAAGGAUGCCUUUUUCAGCCUACCCCUGGCAGUCCAGAGCCAGGAGAUAUUUGCCUUUGAGUGGACUGAGGGGGAAGGCCAACCGGUAGUACAAUUAACUUGGACCCGCCUCCCACAGGGGUUCAAAAACUCCCCUACCUUGUUUAACGAGGCUCUGAGUGAGGACCUCUACGAAUAUCGGGCUUGCCACCCAGAGGUCAUUCUGCUACAAUAUGUAGAUGACCUUAUGUUGGCUGGAACCACAGAGGAAGCUUGCAGCCGUGCCACUGGGGACCUAUUACAGACCCUAGGCAUCUUGGGGUAUCGCGCUAGCGCAAAAAAGGCACAAAUAGCCCGGCAAGAGGUCACCUAUUUGGGGUAUAAGAUCAGGCAGGGGCAAAGGUGGCUAACCCAGGCCAUAAAAGAAACAAUAUUGCAGAUACCAGAGCCCAAAAACCCUCGCCAGGUGAGAGAGUUUCUGGAGACUGUUGGAUAUUGCAGACUGUGGAUUAUGGGGUUUGCUGAGAAGGCCCGGCCCUUAUAUGAGGGAAGUAAAGAGACCCCAAAGUGGACUUGGACUGAGCCAAUAAAACAGGCUUUCCAGACACUCAGACGGGCCCUACUAGAAGCCCCAGCCCUUGCCCUGCCUAACCCAAAUAAGUCAUUCCAGCUGUUUGUAGAUGAAAAGCAAGGAAUAGGAAAGGGGGUCUUGACUCAACAAUGGGGACCAUGGAAGCGGCCGAUAGCAUACCUUUCGAAGCGAUUAGACCCGGUGGCCGCUGGGUGGCCCCCUUGCCUUCGCAUCAUUGCAGCUACAGCCCUCCUCGUCCACGACGCUGACAAGUUGACGUAUGGACAGCAACUCUCGGUUUACACCCCCCACGCAGUGGAAGGGGUUUUAAAGCAGCCGCCGGGUAAGUGGAUCUCCAAUGCCCGCUUGACACACUACCAGGCCUUGCUGCUCGAUGCCCCACGGGUGCGUUUUCAGACCCCUUGCUCCCUAAAUCCGGCCACGCUCCUACCCAACCCAGAGAAGGACAGCCUUCUCCAUGAUUGCAGUGAGAUACUGGCUGAGGCCCUGGCGGCACGAAAAGACUUAACUGAUGUACCCCUAAGCAACAGUGAGCUAGUAUGGUUCACCGAUGGGAGCAGUUAUGUAAAAGAUGGGCAAAGGAAGGCGGGAGCCGCCAUAGUUGAUGAUUCAGGGCGGACGAUAUGGGCUGAGACACUACCCCCAAACACUUCUGCACAAAAAGCAGAAUUGAUUGCCCUAAUACAGGCUCUGAAGCAAGCCAAAGGAAAGAGAGUCACCAUUUUUACUGACAGCCGAUAUGCUUUCAGCACUGCCCAUAUUCAAGGUCCCAUAUACCAAGAAAGGGGAUUUCGGACAGCUGAGGGAAAAGAGGUCAAAAAUCUGCCUGAGAUUCGCAGGCUCUUGGAAGCUGUCCAACUACCCCGGGCAGUAGCUAUAGUACAUGUCCCCGGUCACCAGAAGGGAGAAGACCCUAAGGCGCGAGGCAAUCGUGCUGCUGAUGCGGCCGCUCGAGAAGCGGCUAGCCGGGACUAUGCCGCCCCCAUAUUAGCCGUGGGCCUUCCACCCCCUGGUAUGGGGACCUUGCCACCAGUUCCCGAAUAUUCCCUCCCUGAUCUCGCCUGGAUCAACAAGGAUACCACCCUCCAGAAAGAUGACCAAGAUGGAUGGUACCGAGACCAAAACAACAACCUGAUCUUGCCUGCCACCCUGGGUCGUCACCUGUGUGAACACCUGCACACAACUACGCACUUGGGAGAAAAAAAGACCCUAACACUUCUCCAGAUGGCCUGCCUGAGGUUCCCUCGACAAAAUGCAACUGUACGAGAGAUAAUUCAAGCCUGCGAAGCGUGCCAGCUGAUGAGGGCAGAAAAGAAGCAGCACUCGGGAACGAGGUACCGAGGGGAAAAGCCAGGGCAACAUUGGGAGAUAGAUUUCACCGAGGUAAGGCCAGGCAAGUAUGGGUACCGCUAUCUGUUGGUACUGGUAGAUACCUUCUCGGGGUGGGUAGAAGCUUUCCCCACUAAGGGAGAGACAGCAAUAGUGGUUGCUAAAAAGAUCUUAGAGGAGAUAGUGCCUAGGUAUGGGCUGCCAGUGACUAUGGGCUCUGAUAAUGGACCUGCCUUUGUGAGCCAGAUUGUACAAGGGCUGGCCCAAGCUCUGGGGACGAAAUGA